CCAGAUACCGUCCUUCCUGGUGUGGGUGUGGACACAGAUGACUACACAAAUAAUGGAGGAGAAGCUCCACUAGUCUCUUUAUUAAGAGUUAGAAAAUAGUUUGAAACCGGACAAGUUUCCCGUUUUCUUCCCGGUUGCACUCUGUAGCUGGGAUGCUGUGUCAGGAUGGGAAAUCUCUUCGGGAAAAAGAAACAAACGCGAGUGACAGAACAAGACAAAGCGAUUUUGCAACUGAAACAGCAGAGAGAUAAACUGAGGCAGUAUCAGAAGAGGAUCAACCUGCAGCUGGGGAAGGAGAGACUCUUAGCCAAGCAGCUGCUGAAUGAUGGCAAGAAAGAUAAAGCACUCCUCCUACUGAAAAAGAAGCGCUACCAGGAUCAACUUCUGGACAAGACGGAGAACCAGAUCGGCAACCUGGAGCGCAUGGUUCAAGACCUGGAGUUUGCCCAGAUUGAAAGGAAAGUCAUUGAUGGGCUGAAGGUUGGAAACGAGUGUCUGAAGAAAAUGCACGAGGUGAUGUCUAUUGAAGAAGUAGAGCGCAUUAUGGAUGAAACCCAAGAUGCCAUUGAGUACCAAAGGCAAAUAGACGAGAUGCUGGUUGGUUCUUUAUCACAAGAAGAUGAGGAUGCUGUUCUGGCUGAGCUGGAGGCCAUAACUCAGGGAGACGUUGAGCUUCCCGAGGUUCCCUCAGACCAGCUGCCAGAAGUCCCAGAGGACAUGGAGGAGAAACCAGAGAGGGAACGUCCCAGAAAGAAGCCGGAGCGAGAGCUGCUCGCUGCGUAGGAGCACCACUGACCUCCCUCAGCUCAUCUGCUGGACCUUCUCCACAACAAGUCCGACAUGAACCCACAACCACACAAACAUUAGCGGGAGAACUCUUCUCUCUCUCUCUCUCUCCUGCCGUGAAGUGACAGCAGCCACUCUCAGAUACACUGGGCUUCCUCCACGUCAUCCAGCCGCUGUUUGUCCUCGUCUGCUGCAGGACGACACCUGACGGCGGCCGGGACCGGUUCGCUGCAGCGAGACAUGCUGAUCUGAACCAUGAAGACCUGUGACAUUAGAAUAUUGUGCCUAACCUUUGUUUCAGUGUUCUUCCUCUGUGUUCAUUUUACACACAUCGACUUAACUUAAAUGCAUGUAUGUGUUACUGUAACUCAUCAAAUCAUCCUCGUGCAUACAUCUCCUCUUAAUGGACACGGUUAAAGGGUCAGUUCACCCAAAUUACAAAAAGGUUUUAUCUAGUAAAUACUUUUAUCUUGUUUUUUAACUCAACAGCAGCAUCUGUUUCCAGAAAAAGAUGAACAGUUUUUAUUGGGACUACUUUUUACCAAAGAAAUUAUCUUAAAAUCCAACCAAAAUUAAAAACAAUUCAUUUAGAGAGCAGGGCGACUGAUGGCCGAUAUAUAAUGCCAAUAUCCAAACAAAGAAAAGUUAUGUAUAAUUCUUUUUAGUUAUUCGUUGCACAUAACAGUCUAAUAUAUGUGGUUAACUUAGCCAGAAACAUGUUGUAUUUGAUGUUUUAUGAAUUAAUGAAACAUAAAAAUACAUCUGUUUAUGCUGUAGAUAGUACUGCAGGUCAUUUAAUUGCAUUAUUAUGACAAUGUAUGAUAUAUAAAUGCUAGUCAGUAAUGGGUUUCCACUAGAUUUGCCGUCAUUUAGAAAAAAAAGUGUUAACAUUUAGAAAAUAUGGCAAAUGUGCAAAAGCUCUUCUCUGAAAGUGUCAGCUGAGUUAAUCAGUUAAUCAGCCGUCUGUCUGUACGCAGAAACCAAAAGGGAGAAAUUAAGAUCUGAUGUUUUUUUGGUUUCAUGAUGGUGCUUCCUGUCUUUGCGUACUGUUAGCUGUCAGUCUACGUACAUGAUGAACUUUCCCCAAAGACUUUUUUAAAUCCAUGAAGCUACACUUUCUGGCGGCCCCUGUGGACAGAAGCGGGAUUGUUUCCGCUGCCUUGUUUUGUCUGAUUUCGACCGAACCCGAUUCGGUGGCAGACAUCAAGAAUAUCUCUAUAGAAAUAGCUAAUCUUCUCGCUGAUGCUCUUUGUGUGUGAAGGUCAUAUAAAUGCAUCAGAAGGAAAUUUAGACUCUUUUAUAACCAGUUAAAAACUCCUCACAGCAUCUUUAAAAAAAACUAUUGACAAUAAAUAAAAAUCAAACACCGAAGGAGGGACUAAAUGUUUCAUUUCGCAAAUAAGUGCAGAACUAUGAGCUCGGCCAGGCAGCAGUAGGACGGAGUGAUAAAAUGUCUUUGUUGAAAUUUGAGUGGGCUGACCCUUUAAGGCGGACGGGAUGGAACCAGAACCCUCUCACAGUACAGGCCUACAGGCUGUCUGCCUCAGUCGUACCGGCUUUGCUUUCAUACAACUUAUUUGACCCGCCCCAGAACUUUUUGUAAAGUACAGGAACAUUUGCAUAAGCGUCUGUUUCGUCGAAUAUUCUCUCAGUCUGACCUUUUUUCAAGCAGCUUAACUAAUCUAAUUCUCUGCUCCCCUUGUGGAUUAGUUCAGUGUCAUUGGAGAAAGGGCUAAUCAUAUCGGCUGUGGGCUUACCUAUGAAGCCCAGACAACAUUUGUUAAUCUGUUCAAGGUAAUAACUUUACCCACUGAGUAUUAUCAGCGCCUGUAAUUAUUUUACUGUGCAUAUCAUGCUCAGAUUCGCUCGUAUAGACCUGUGUUAAAUUGCAGCAGGAACGAUGACCUACAUUCAUGAGGCUUAAGCUUGUGUAUCUUUGAAGAUCUAUCUAACUAAUCUGUAAAUCAGUUAAUCUUACAGACACAAAAACACUGAUGACUAAUAGUCAGGCUGCAGACGUCGUUUCAUCAGCACAGCAUUGUCUUAUUAUCGGUCUGGAAAUUGUACCUCUGUACCUCUCUGUACAUUCUUUUUACAAUAAAAGUGUUUUUUUAAUUGUCA